AUGGCCAGUGGCAAGUCGCCCCCCGCCAACCCCACCGACCGCACCGCACUGCGCGACGAAAUAGGCCGCCGCACCGUGGUGGACGUGGGCUAUGCCCGCCCUGGCACCUUGGCAGAUCACGAUAUCGAGCUGCCCGGCCCCAUCUACUACAAGACCAGCGCCGAGCCCACGCCCUACCUGGUGCUGCGCACCACCUUUGCCUUUGCCGACGCCGAAGGCGAAACCGUGCGCGAAUGCGGCGUGUUCUUCGGCACCGUGGCAAAGCCUGAGGUGCCGGCCGGCAAACGCUAUCUCACGCCCGGCGAGAUCGAGAACCCCGGCACCGUGUAUUGCCUGGAGAACCGGCCGCCCGUGCUGCGCAGCGGCACGACCAAGGCCACGGAAGAAAUCGUCAUUCCCCU